AUGAGUGUGGCUAAAACUAUAAUCCUUGUUGUUAUUUCAUUAUAUUUAUUGUGCAAUGUAUCAGCUAAAAAUCCAGAUUAUGAAACAAGUGUGGAAAAUUUUCUUGAUGAAUUGGAUGGAAAAGAAGUGAAACCAAUCAGAAAACAGAAAGAACACGAACAUAGUCAUCAUAAUCAUAAUAUGGAAGGACAUAUUAUGAAAAUGUGGUUUCAUGGAGGAUAUGAAGAAGUUAUUCUUUUUGAAUUUUGGAGAACUGAUUCAAUUUUCGGUUGGUUCUUUUAAAAAAUAGUUGUUUUUACUAAUAAGUCGAUUUAAUUGAAAUAUUCGGCAUUCUUUUGGCGAUUAAUCGAAAAAAAAAUCUGAGGGUUUCACUACAACUGAUUCACCGUAAUUUUUGCUAACAAUAAAAAUGGGAGUGACAUUUUUUCACUUUUAUCUUCGAACGUGGAUUAUGGGUUAAUUAGAAAAAAAAACUAAUUUUUCUUUCAUUUCGAAUUAAAUUCAAUAAAAAUUCCAAUAUAUUCACUUUUAUCGCAGGUAUCGUUUUGUCUUGUGCUGCAAUUUUUAUAAUGGGAGCAACUUAUGAAGGCGUCAAAUGGUUUCGUGUAUUCCUAUCACAAAAUUACGCCAUUUGCACACAUUUCAAUCACAAUAAAUCAUGUGUCGAAAUCGCAUUACAAACAAGAACAAGUAAUCAGUCUUCUUCUUCACGAAAUCAAACUGUCAAUAGCAAAAUAUUACAAAAUGAGCCAUUCGUUGUUUCAAAUAAUACAGUAAAUCGAUCAAGAUUUUCGCAAAGUUUUUCUCCAUUUUCAACUCAACGUUUGAUUCAAGGAUUGUUGUAUGUUAUUCAAUUGAUUUUGGCAUAUUGGCUUAUGCUUAUUGUUAUGACUUAUAACACAUAUUUGAGUGGGUUUUUUAUUGGGAAUUCUAUAGAUAUAGAGUGAUUAAGGUAUAAACUACAGAUUUUCAGAUAAAUACUCGGAAAAAAUGUUUAUUUCGAACAUUGAAAAUAUUAGGUUUAAAAAGACAAGUAAUAUAAAUAACCAAAUUUUCUCAAUUUUUACCGAAAAAAAAUCACAAUAUCUCGACACUAUUUUUCAAAAGAAAAUAUAAUUCGAAAACAUAUUUUUCAUUAGUUUUUCACAAUCGCUGAAUCCCAAGUUUUUUCCCAAUCUUAAGUAAUUCCCUGAAUUUCAGCAAUCGCAGUUGUUUUGGGUGCCGGCUUUGGACAUUGGCUUUUUGCUGUUUUACAACUUCGAAAUAGUGAUGGAGAAACAACUGAUUCAUUUCAAACCGAUGCUUGUCAUUGA